AUGGACGCCUACCCCGAAGACUACGUCAACCACAAUCUGCCUUUUGUCCUGCUUUCAGGGCUAGAGGCUGACACCGAAGAUGCAUCGGAGACAUCAUCGAGCUAUCCUCUGUUGUUGGAGAAGGGAACACAUAUCUUCUCCGACUUCCCACCGUUGAGCGGGGCUGUUGCGGAGGAGCUGCGGAGCUUACUCCUGGAGGAAGAUUGCUCUCAGAUGCCAUGGAAAUCCAGGGUCAACUUGAGCGGGAAUACAACUACCUCGAAUAUUGGUUAUCGAGUCAAGAGCUCUGGCCGGUCAUGCAGACUACCUCCACGAAAAGCAGACCCUCCUAUCCCCUCACCACCAGCUAGUCCGAACGUAGACAAAAACAAUGACUCGGAUUCUGGCCCACAAUUUGUCCUUCACUCCCCGAUAUCACCUCUGUCGCCGGGUUCUCCCACGUUCCCAGAUGGCUUGCUUACUCCAUUAUGGGUGACAAAACACCAGGGCCUAGUUCCUGCUGCAGUGAUCAAUUUCUUUCCUUUAUCAUUGGAUCCGAACAUGAACUCUUUACGCGAUAAUCAGCUCAAGAUCGAGAUCAACAGCCUGAAGAAAGACUGGCAAUCCUCCGGUUAUAAGACGCGAUUUGUGGUAAUCCUGAUAUCAGAAGAUGGAGAAGAGGGUGGUUACGAGGGUGAAAUCGAUGAUCGUAUUGCAGGGAUUCGGCGGGCAACAAAUCUUGACCCUAGGUCGAUCCUUGUGAUUCCACCAGAUGCAACCACCUCAGAACUACAUGAUUUUGUGAAAUCCCUUUUCUCUCUUUUGCAGCCAUCGGUCGUUGAAUAUUAUCGCGAUCUAUCCAAACAUGCUAGGCGCAAGCGGAACAGAGGCACUAUUCCUCCUCCAACAGCACCACCGACAAGUGGCACUUCCCAGACCUUGUCAUCUCAAGGCUGGAAUGUGCGAUAUGAGUUCAAACUUGGAAUUUUUGCCGAAUUCCGCCAAGAAAUGGAUGCAGCUUGUCGUAAUUACGAGAGUGCCUACGACACCCUGUUUGGGGAGGAGGUGUUUGAAAUUAUUGCAGGAUGGAAUCCUCGAUUCAAUGAUGCUCGCCUCUUGGCCGAUGCUCUUGCAAUCCGAAUCAUUCGCUGCCUGCUGUGGACCAGUCAGACAACUGCUGCAGUCCGAUUCUGGGUUGACCACAGGAUCCGUGUGAAAGACAUUGUCAACCGCAGAGGCAAGGGGAGCAAGAACUAUGGAUGGGAGGCCUGGGAGGCACGCUGGUCGAUGGUGAUGGCACAACUCAUCCGCCGUGCGGAGAUUUCGUCCAUCUCUAGUGAGAUUUCUCCUGAACAUCCCGGAGAACUGUAUACAUUACCCGAGAAAUCAAUUCCAACCGGGGAACGAGUUACUCCUUGGGAAAACAUGCACCAUGAGGGCUAUUGGCUCCACCGCUCAGCAAAGCAUACAAUGGUUCGACGAUCACUUGCCCAAGAAAUCCCUUCCGAGGAUCGGCUAUCUCCUGGGCUGUCACCCGCCUCCCAACUCGCCAACAAGUCCUAUCUAUACGAUACAUAUCUUGUCCCUGAGACUCACCUUGAAGCACCGCAAGAAGGACGAACUGGCUUCGACCAUUCUGCACUAAUACUGAGCACGUUGAAAGCCGCACUUGAGGAAUUCUCAAAACGCCAUCAAACGCGGAAGGUUGAGAGUCUAAGCCUUGAGGCUGCCGAGGAAUACAUGCGGAUUGGCUCAUGGUCUGAAGCACAUGCUAUUCUUCAACCCCUGUGGUCGACUCUCAGCUGGCGCCGCUCUGGAUGGUGGCAUCUGAUGGUCAAUUUUGGAUGGGCACUCAGAGAGUGUGCCCUAAGAGUGCAGGAUAGUGAAACAGUAUUGCGAGUGGACUGGGAGCUGCUCAACAAGACUUUCCAACCGAGACCUGCUUGGCAUUAUGAUAUCCACAGGAGCCUCGAAAGUCUCCCCUCAGAGAAACCAAAACCAUCCCUUGUACUUCGUGCAGAGGAUGUCAUGACAAGCUUGACUGCUUCGUUGGUUUUUGAGAAAUCUGAUGGCAAUGUUGGCGAGCCUUUACAGGCUCAACUUGCAAUUAAAUAUUAUGCCCACGAGUCAUCUGCCCCGAUCCGUCUAUCAGAGAUCAAACUGGUCUUCGAAGGAUGUCUUCGUCCAAUAAAGAUUCAAUCAGACCAGAACCAAAAUGCUGACACGACAACCCCGUCAUCCAUCGCAUCUCUUCCGCUGCGUGAGCCGAGUAACCUGUCAGACACUACGAUCCUAUCUCCGACUGGUGGGUUGCCGACGUUGGUUGGUAUAGCAGACCUGACUCUUGGGCCUUCCCAAACAAAGAUCUUCAACCUCACCUGCAUUCCUCGCGAAGCCGGUGAAGCCAGGGUCGCUUCAAUUACCAUGUCGAUCGAAGAGGAGAAAUUCGAUCUUGCAUAUGCAAUUACAGACCAAAACCAGCACGAGUCCUGGUGGUGGCAGCAAACCGGGAAGGGCGUGACACGCCGCAGAGUGGGUAAGGAUCGGGAUACUGGCAGGUGCAAGGUCAUGCCUAAGCCACCAAAGAUCCGCCUCACAACUCCUAAUCUGAAGGAAACCUAUUACACCAAUGAACGGGUGGCACUUCAGAUUGGUAUACACAAUGAAGAGGAAGAAGCGGCCGAUGUGUCGGCUGAGAUCAGACUCUUGGGUAGCCCCGAAUCUACUACACAGAUUCUGUGGCUCGAUGGCGUCAGCAACCCUGAACCUCUCGACUCGGGCGGCAGCACCCCCAUAGAAGGACCAUCUCAUUUCCUCAAGCGGUCAGUGGGGGUUGUGGAGCGCUCCUCUGAUAAGAACCUUACAAUUGUGCUGGCCGACACUCAUGACGCUACGAAUUUCACAUUGGAGAUUUCAGCUGUUUAUCAUUUGGUGUCUGAUAUUCAGACGCCAAUAAUGAAGAACAUUACCGUGGAGCUAUCAUUCAUUCGACCGUUCGAAGCAAACUAUGAAUACAUGCCUCGCGUUCAUCCUCAACCAUGGCCCAACUUCUUCGCUGUUGGCGACGACCUGCUUAAGAAUAACGCUGCAUCAACCCCCGGAGGAUUGCUGCAGAAGUGGUGUCUCAAUUCCAAGGUUGUAUCGUUUGCAUUGGAACCACUCGUAAUCGAGAAGAUGUCUCUACUUCUUCUCGAGGUUAACGGAGGAGCUGUUUGCAAGGUUGACCCGGAAGAGCUUGUCAGCCCGACAGCGCCUUACCUUGGACCCGAAGAACUACGAGAAUCAAACUUCUGCCUCGAUGUUCAGAAACUCAUCCUCGGAGAUCGUCGACCUACCGCGCUCAACUGCGCAUUGGAAAUUAGUUGGCGCCGGCAAUCAUCCGAGUCUGCAGCUUCACCUGACGUGGAGAAAGCAGCCACAACCUCUGUUCUUGACAUCCCCCGAUUUGUCGUCCCGAUGGGAGAGCCUCGAGUGCUUGCGUCGGCUACUCCAUCAAGCAGUAUGUCCGGGCUGAUUCAUCUGGAAUACACCCUUGAGAACCCAUCCGCCCAUUUCCUCACCUUCAAUUUGGUGAUGGAAGCCAGCGAGCAUUUUGCCUUUAGCGGACCGAAGACCAUGGUUGUCCAGCUCAUGCCGUUGAGUCGUCACACAGUGCGAUUCAAUCUGUUUGCUGCCAAACGUGGCUUAUGGAUUCAACCGCAAUUGGUGGUUAUUGAUACCUACUUCAACAAAACGCUUCGGGUCCUUCCAACAGGGGACAUGCGGUCUGACAAGAAAGGUGUCUUGGUAUGGGUUGACGCGGAUGACUGA